AUGUAUGAAAAGAGGUACUAUGUAAGUGUUGCGUAUGCUGAGCAAUACAUCUACGCGUUAGGUGGUCACAAUGGAGAGAAUCAAGGCCGGUUGGAUUCCGCUGAACGCUACCAUCUGGUUGAGAACCUCUGGCAACCGAUCGCUCCGAUGAAUAGAGUGCGCAGUGACGCUGCCGCGGCAGAGUUAAACGGAAAGGUUGACAACACAAUCUAUUAA